AUGGCAGCUCCUGGUCUGUCCUGGUGUCUGUCCCUCCCUGUCUUCCUCCUGGCCCUGGCCAUCCCUCGUGGAUCCACAGCGGUGAAUGACACUUCCAAGCUCACAUGCUUCUACAACUCAAAAGCCAACAUCUCCUGUGUCUGGAGCUGGGAUGGGGACCCGCAGGCCACGUCCUGCAAGAUCUAUGCUCAUCCGGAUAGACGGCCUUGGAACAAAUCCUGUGAGCUGCUCCCGAUGAGCCCGGCAUUCUGGGUCUGUCACCUGAUCCUUGGAUCCCCAGAUGCUCAGAGUCUGACUGCAGCUGACGUCAUCCACAUGAGCGUGAUGUGCCGUGAAGGGGAAGGGUGGAAGACGCUGAUGACCCAGUACUUCAAGCCCUUUGAGAACCUUCGCCUGAUGGCCCCCGACUUGCUCCAAGUCACCCACGUCGGGACCCACAAAUGCAACAUAACCUGGAAAGUCCCUCAGUCCUCCCACUACAUUGAAAGUUACCUGGAGUUUGAGGCCCGGACAAGGUCCCCAGGCCAGAGCUGGGAGGAGGCCUCCGUGCUGAUCCUCAGGCAGAACCAGCAAUGGAUUUGCCUAGAGACACUCACUCCAGGCACCCUGUAUGAACUUCAAGUGCGAGUCAGGGCCCACCUAGGCAGCCACAAAGCUUGGAGUCCCUGGAGUCAGCCCCUGGCCUUCAGGACGGCAGGGAAGCAGACUCUGCCCUUUCUUUGGUUUGGCCAAAUCAUCAUGGGCUUUAGCAGUGCCUUUGGCUUUAUCAUCUUGGUCUACUUGUUGGCCACCUGCCAGUACAUCGGACCAUGGCUGAAGAAGGUUCUGAAGUGCCACAUCCCAGACCCCUCGGAGUUCUUUUCCCAGCUGAAGUCAGAGCAUGGAGGAGAUUUCCAGAAGUGGCUCUCCUCGCCCUUCCCCUCGUCAUCCUUCAGCCCCAACACCCAGGCAGCCGAGAUCUCCCCGCUGGAGGUGUUGGACCGGGACGCCAAGGCCACACAGCUCCUCCUGCUGCAGCAGCAGAAGGGGCCCUCACCCUCGACCGAGACCAGCGGCCACUCGCUGACCAGCUGCUUCACCAACCAGGGUUACUUCUUCUUCCACCUCCCUGACGCUCUGGAGGUCGAGGCCUGCCAGGUGUACUUCACCUAUGACCCCUGCACAGAAGAGACUGAGGAGGGCGGGCCCGGGGCGCCCGAGGGGCCUCUCCUCCCGCCCCUCCUGCCCCCGCCAGGGGAGGACGACGCCUACUGCACCUUCCCCCCAGGCGAUGACCUGCUCCUCUUCUCUCCUGGUCUCCUGGGUGGCCCCGCCCCCCCCAACCCCGCCCCAGGGGGCGCUGGAGCUGGUGAAGAGAAGCUGUCCCCCUCUCUGCAGGAGGGAGCUCCCAGAGACUGGGCCCCCCAGCCCCUGGUGCCUCCCACCCCAGAAGCGCCUGACCUGGGGGAUAGCCAGCCACCCCCGGAGCAUGCCCUACAGGAAGCAAGAGGGGAGGUCCCAGCCCCUGGCCCUGGGGAGGGGGUCAGCUUCCCCUGGGCUAGUCUCCCUGGGCAAGGCCAGGUCAGGGCCCCUACCUCCUGCCUGACCCUGAAUACUGAUGCCUACCUGUCCCUCCAAGAGCUGCAGGAUCAGGACCCGGCUUAUUCAGUGUAG